AUGCGUCCAUCAAGCCGACUUCUCUCUACGACCAGCACCAACACUACCACCACCACCGCCACCGUUGCGGCGUCCCGAACUCGCAAACCAGCUGUGUCGCGCAAGGCCGCGGCGCCCCCAUUAUCUCUCGAGCAAUUCAUCCAGCGCCAGCGCGUGCUGACUCUGUGGCGCACGAUCCUGCGCAGCGCGUACCGCAUCCCCAAAGACCUCCGGGGCGAAACGCUGGCCUACGCGCGCGGCGAGUUCGAGCGGAACCGCCAUGUCAGCGACGUCGGCCAGAUCCGCUACCUGAUCAGCACGGGCAAGGCCGAGUUCGACGGCAUGCAGAGGUAUAUCGACGAGCUGGCUGCACGGGCGGGUGGGCCGCAGUGA